AAACCAGCUCUGGGUUCAGCGCUGUCCGGACCGAACAGCUGGCUGCACCGGGGCAUGUCAUCCCUGAGCAUCCUUUGAGUAACUGGCUGAUUCUGGGGUUUAAUGGGGUUUAAUUGUUUUUUUGGGCUCUGGUGGAGUUAUGUGUUAAAUGAACGCCGGCUGGUCGAUGGUUCAGGCUGUGAGGUCUCAGUACAGGCUGACUCUGAAUAAGCUGGCUUGAUUGGUUGGAAAAGCCCCUCCCAUUUGUGGUGUUUUGGAUCCCAUGGGCAGUGUUCUGGCCUUGUCAUCUCGCCCAGGGCGUCAGAACUCCCCCUUUCCUCACGAUAGACCCCUCUCACGCUGGGAUAGACGAGAUGGACGGCUCCCAAACCCAGGCAGUUUUGAUGGUCUCCACCGUAACUGCAAAGAUGUGUUUCCACAGCAGAUUGAAGGAGUUAAGAUGAUCGUCAACAAAACCCUCAGCAGUUUUUUUAAGGUCAAUCACACAUUUCACCUCAGUGCUGUUGCCCCAUCAAACUACCGCUUCCAUGUUGAUUACUUGCAGUCAGACACGGACAGUAAAGAAACAAACUCGCCCAUGCUUAUUGGGGAAAUGGACUCCUCUGGCAGCCUGAACGCACACUCUCUGUUUCACCUGAGUGAGCGAAUCAGAGCCAAAGCAGUAUUUCAGACUCAGCAGUCACACUUUGUCACAUGGCAGUUUGAGACAGAGUAUAGAGGCAGUGACUUUACAGCAGCCGUCACUAUGGCCAACCCAGACAUCUUCAGAGAAUCAGUUAUCAUGGUGGCGCACUUCCUCCAGAGUGUCUCUCCACAGCUGGUUCUUGGGGGAGAGUUGGUGUAUCACAGAGGGCGAGCUGAAGAAGGGGGCAUCCUUACUCUGGCUGGCCAAUACUCAGGCCCCAACUGGGUAGCCACACUGAAUGCUGGUAAAGGAGGUGCUCAUGCUAGCUAUUAUCACAGAGCCAACAAGCAGAUCCAGGUCGGAGUGGAGUUUGAAGCAAGCACCCGGACACAGGAGACCACAUUCUCAUUUGGUUACCAAAUGGAUUUGCCUGAAGCCAAUAUGGUCUUCAGAGGCAUGUUGGACAGCCGGUGCAUCAUUGGAGGAGUCCUGGAAAAGCGCCUGUGCCCACUUCCUGCCACGUUAAUCAUGGGCGCCUUUGUUAACCACCGAGGAGACAAGCUGCAGGUGGGGCUUGGAGUGAACGUGGGCUAGUUUUUGGCAUAUGACCACCGAACUGGCUUCCGGAAGCCACCACUCUCAGGUCCGUCUAAAGACAAAGGUCCGUCACAGAUUACAGCUGAAUUGUUGGAAGGCCCAUUAGCCCCGUGGAGCUCCACACUAUUCUUUUCUCAGUAUGAAGGAACAGAAGUAACAAUUGACUCUACUUCCAGUUGAGAACAUCAGUGAUCCAAACACUUCCGUGUGAGGGCUGUCCUUUCCAACUUGACUGAGAUUUUUGUUGUUACGACUACAAAGAUGUCAAGUGACCCAACAGUGACUCUGUGGGAAACUAUAAGAAUAAUUAUGGACGUUUUUUUGGGAACCAUAUAAAACAUAUGCAUCCUUUUUUUCACAAAGCUUUGUGAAGCUCUCUGGACAAAAAAAAUGAGUAACAUACAUCAUAUCUUCAGCAAAAAUCCAUUGAGGGAAGAAUUAUACAUGUCAGGUCAAUUUUAUCUCACUUUUUACCUAACAUUACAUUAAACUUCAUUACAUUACAUUACAUUUAGUGUAAUGUAAUGUAAUAGACGUUUACAGCAAAAACAUUUUAGGCAGGGCGUAAAGGAGGCCAAAAGGUAAUAAUGGGAUAGAGGAGGAAAAGAGAGGGAGCAUGAAAUGAGAUUACAAGUAGUAACUUUUUACUAAUUAGUUUACUAAGUAACUAAUUAUUCGCCAACUUAUUUAAUAGUUGAUUAGUCUUUAAAGUCUUCAUACAUUCUUCUUACCCAAACUACAAACGGUUCAAAGUGCACAGCACCUUUUAACAUUUGCCCUCAAGUAUUGUUCUUAUAUAAAUGAACAUGCUGGAAAACACGAUCCAUGUCCAUAUACAGCUCUGGGGAAAAAAUGAAGAGACCACUUCAGUUUCUGAAUCAGUUUCUCUGAUUUUGCUAUUUAUAGGUAUAUGUUUAAGUAAAAUGAACAUUGUUGUUUUGUUCUAUAAACUACAGACAACAUUUCUCCCAAAUUCCAAACACAAAUAUUGUAAUUUAGAGCAUUUAUUUGCAGAAAAUGAGAAAUGAGAAAACCUCAAAUAAUGCAAAGAAAAGUAGUUCAUAUUCAUAAAGUUAUAAGAGUUCAGAAAUCAAUAUUUGGUGAAAUAACCCUGGUUUUUAAUCACAGAUUUCAUGCAUAUUGGCAUGUCCUCCUCCACUAGUCUUACACACUGCUUUAUACCAGUCCUGGUGUAAACAUUCAAGCAGUUCAGUUUGGUUUGAUGGCUUGUGAUCAUUCAUCUUCCUCUUGAUUGUAUUCCAAAGGUUUUCAAUUUGGUAAAAUCAAAGAAACUCAUAAUUUUUUCAGAGCUGUAUCGUAUUGCAAGUCGAUAACAUAAUUAUUAAGACAAGUGUAGACACACAACUUUGUAUUGUAGAAGAAUUUAUGCAUUUAACUUUCUUUGUCCAGUGAGCUUGGUUUUGGACUGAAUCUGGACCAAAUGAAGAUGAUUCCACAUUGAUGUCCUGAGCUUGAAGCUUUUGCUUUAUCAUUAAGUUUAACUAUGCCGAGGAACAUUUGCACACGAGUAACAUUGUUUAUGUUCUGGGGGUUGACUUUGAUAGAUAGAUAGAUAGAUUUAGAAUAAAAAGUACAAGUUUAAGUGGAAAAAUGAAGGUCAUGAAUAACGUUUCUGUUUAUCUGUCUGUCUGUUUGUUUGUUUGUUUGGGUUUAUGCAAGUUAAUUAAACACAUUUAAUAUCAAGUAUGUAGGAUAUGGUUUGCCAUAAUAUCCUUGUAGGUUACCUAUGGAUUUUCUUUUAACGUAAUGUUGAGAAUGUCAGUCCCUUGGGAGAAAAUACACGUUUGUUUUGAAGCGUGACAUUGGAAAAUCAGGAAACCUUUAUAUUAAAUAAAUUGCAAUAGCCAUAUUAAUGGGAUUUAUCAUGCACUGUUUAUUUAUUAAUUAAUUAAUUAAUUUAUUAAUUUAUUUGCUUUUUAUUUGUUUGUUUAUUGAUUUAAUCAUAUACUACUACAGAAUUUUUGCAGAAGUGUUGCUCAGCCAGCUAGCAGUUGGGUCACUUUGAAUUUAACAAUAUCAGGCCUGCCUUCAGAGGUGAGAAGCUACUUUGUGAUGUACCCAUUAGAUUGGAAUUUUAUUUUGGAUGAAUUAAACUGAAAUAUUUAUUUCUA